UCACAGUCUUGCACCGUAUGAAUGUUUGGUUCAAGUACUUCAGUGUGAAAAUGGUUACUUCACAAUCCUUAAUAGUAUGUCCAUUACCUCUCUCCGUAGCGGCCACCCAGUCACUUCUUCGAGCAUGCGCGUUGCAUUCGUUCAUUUCAACGCUACUUGCUUUCCACGCGUGUGUAAGAUUCAUGCUUAAAGAAAAAAAAAAUCACUUUUGAAGACAGAAACUGUGGUUAGACGUAUUUUCAGCACUAUGGGAGGACAGGCCAAGGGCAAAAAGAAAAACAAGCCAAAGAGGAAAGACAACCGGUCAAACAUGGGUGCAGGAUUUGUGGGCUUGUCACCCCAGGAAAGGAUGAAAGUGAGAAUGCACGAAAAAGCCAAGAAGAAGACAGCUGAGAAGUACUCUGUGCAACAGCUAUUGGAAAAGACAGAGGAAUGCAUAGACACUUUUGAUUUUGAGAUGGCUGGUCUUUUCUGCCAACGAGCCCUGGAUAUAGACUCCAACAACCUUCAAGCUCUAGACAUGCUGGGACACAUCUACUCUGAACUAGGAGACGUACAGAAAGCUAAGGGAGUUUUUCUGCGUGCGGUGGAGCUGAGCCCAGAUCAAGGCCACAGUAAGUACAUGUACCUGGGACAAAUCCACACAGGCCAGGAGGCUGUCGACUACUACAUGAGAGGAAUACAAGUCCUGCUGGCUGCGUUGGAUCAACAAACCACAGCUCAAGCAGGAGCUGCUGCCCCACCAGAUGAGGAGCCUGAGCUCCCCACAGCGAAGGAUGUUUGUGCUGCCUACUGUUCCAUUGCUGAGAUUUACCUUUCUGACCUCUGCAUGGAAGAAGGAGCUUCAAACAAGUGCAGAGAGUUCAUUGAAAGAGCAUUACAGUAUAACUCUGACAACCCUGAGGCUCUGCAGCUCAUGGCAAGUUACCUGUUCAGCACCGAGAGAAACCAGGAAGGCAGAGAAUACCUGUUGAAGAGUGUUGGAUUGUGGCUGCCCACUCAGAAACAAAGUGCAGCCUCCUCCAGCACAGACGACGACAUGCAAAAUGAGAUCCCUCCGUACGAGUCUCGCAUCACUACGGCCAAGCUGCUGAUCGAGUCUGAGGAAUACGAGAUGGCGGUAGAUGUGUUGGAGGGUCUUCUAGAAGAGGAUGAUGAAGUUGUCCAGGUGUGGUAUCUCUCCGGCUGGGUGUGCUACCUCCAGUUUGUAAAAGCAAAGGAGCAGCAAGAACAAGAGGGAAGAGAAGUGACAGAGGAGGAGAACGAGGAGCGGAAGGCAUUGAAGGAGGCAGCCAGAUCAUACCUGACCAAUGCUAAAAAGCUGUACAGUAAGCUGCGAUGUGAUGACCAGCCGAUGUUGGAGCACGUGGAGCAGCUGCUAGGUGAACUGGGAGGAGAGAUGGAGGGAGAUGAGGGAGAUGAAGUGUUGGAUGAUGAUUAUGAACCCUGUAGUGACGAAGAGGAGGACGAUGCAGACGCACCUAUGGAACACUGAGCCCAGCAACUUGCACAAACUCAGAUAUUUCCUGCUUGCGCUUCCCUCUAGCUCAGCGCGCUCUCUUAAAAGUCUUUUUUUUAUUGAUUAACCUUUCACACAUGCUCAUCAAAGAUGAAAUUUGACUUCAAGUGAGAUGCACAAAAUGAGUGACAUUAAAAGAUAGAGUAUUCUCAGUCCUUUUCAGUCAGUUGUUUAAUGCUUUUGGUGAAAUAAGUGCCCACUUAAGUAAUUCUUCCCUUAAUGUCCUUGAUGAUGAAAGAAAUUAGUUUUAGAGCUUUACUUCACACUAGCAGAGAAAGCAAAACACGUAUUGAUGUUUUACCUUCUUAUACACACCCACGCACUGGUUUGUACAAGUAAACGUGCACAACACAUGGGUUGCCUGUUUCUUUUGCCACACAAAAGAAACAGGCUGUGUGUUCAUUACUUCAGCUCUUCCUCAGCACAAGUGCAGCGGUAGCAGCAGCAGUGUUUUUCUCUCUCUGACUGCGGUAAAAUAAAAUUUCGGGUUGUAAGCAUCAUUAGAGGACUGUCGGCCAACAAACAGUUAAUGCUAACUUGACAUGUAACAGAAUAUUUCAAAUUUAUGUGCAGUUCUUGAGUUUUUUGCUAUUCAUUUUAUUUUCUGGAUUUGAAGUCUUCCCCCUUUUCUGUUAACUCAUUGGAUUCAACAAGACAGACACAAUAGAGAGAAUUUGACAUUAACUUUUGCAGCAUGCGUUUCAUUCUGUGUGAAGCUGUUCAAAGUGUCUGGCACAAAACCUUUCAUAAGGGAGAAACAGUUGACUGAGUUCUUCUUCUUCUCCUUCUUCUUUUUUCUGCAUAUUUUGACAUUUCAUAUUUUUUGAAAUCUCAGACAGGGUCAUGUAGCGUAAUAGCGUAGGUUAGGUCAGGGUAUUGGCGUGGCAAAAUCGUUCACCGAUUGAGUGCAGCAAGGUGAGGAGUUUGUACAUCCGAGUGGAAGACAACCAGACAUGCAGCUACUUUCUGUGGACAAAAAAAAAAGAUUAUAGCAUUUGACAAAAGGAAAAAAACAAACUCAAAAUAUAAAGCAUUUAUAGCACAACAAAGUACUUAUUUAGGCCAGAGAUGUCAGACUGACAUUUUUAAAAAUCUACAUUGUGACAAUACUGAAUACAAACACACAAACAGUC